AAUCUUGCCCGAACUAAAAACAUUAUCGUCAUAACAUUUAAUUACCGCCUCGGCGUGCAUGGUUUUCUAUGUUUGGGUACGAAAGACAUUCCCGGUAAUGCUGGUAUGAAGGAUCAAGUGGCUUUACUGCGCUGGGUGAAAGAAAACAUAGUAAGUACCUCUGGAAAUCCUAAAGACAUAUCCAUCAAUGGUGGCAGCGCUGGUGCUGCAUCGGAGGAUCCAGUAAUGAUGUCAAAAACUUCUAAAGGUUUAUACAAUAAAGUAAUACUAGAGAGCGGUUUUAGUUUGGCAACUUUUGCAAUGCAGCCGGAUCCAUUGGAACACGCCAAGAAGUUUGCAAAACAGUAAUAUUUUGAAGAUACCAAUGAUAUUUAUGCUUUGGAAAAGUUCUACAAGACUGCUACUAUAGAACAGCUCACGAUAGAUCCAUUCAGGGAACGAAAAGAUUCUACGUUUGUUUUCUCACAAUGCGUUCAACGCGAUAUGGUCGAGGAAGUCUUCCUCGACGAGUACCUCCUCACAAUUUUACAAAAUGGAAACAUACGUACACUCUUACUCAACGCUCACGCUAACGUGGCGCGUUGCGAUGUGUCGUGAAUUUUUUUACGUUGCU